AUGGCAGAUCAUCACGAUGAGGGGCGAGAGACUGGUCAAAACACUCCAGCGCCGUCGGUCAGAGACGGCAGCGUAAAUACACAAAGAACUACGAGAACCACGAGAUCUGCGAGAAACGUUCGUCCAAAUGGCCAAGCCCACGGCUCUAAAAGAUCACAUAUGCCAAGUUUACGACCCCAUGGAGUACGUCAGCCAACAAACAAUACACCUCUCGAAGAUCGACCGCAAUACUCCUUAGCUGGUAAUAAUGGAGGGGUUCAACGCGAACCUCAUUAUGUCGACAGAGAGUAUUACGAUUUCAACCCAAACUACCAAAAACCUAAAGAUGAGCCAGUAUGGGGAUUGGCCAAACCUCUCCCGCGAGUGGUCAGGCCGGGAAUGAGACGAGGGAAACAGGGCGUGGUCGAGAAUAAGGAUGCAGAAAAUGCACAGCCAGGAAGUUCCGAGGCUAUACCGCAACUUGGAAUGAUUGACGAUCAGAGGAAAGGGCAGGCAAAAAAGAAAUCGAAUCGACUUGGUAGGAAUGAGGAGGACCGAGGUUAUGGUCACCAACAACAAGAGCGAGGACGGAGACAGAGCUACAGAUCUAAUAGGCAGGAUUCUGAGAACUUGAUAUUGGAUCACAAUGGCACUCCGCUAGCCGAGAGAGACAACCCUAUGGAUGAGUGGAGAUCUCCUCAGGAUGAUGGGGAAGGAGAUCUGGGCCGGCAAAAUACGAAUCGACUAUCUGAUGUUGAGGAACAUCCCUCAGGAUCAACGUUAACUCAUCAUUCUACCACACAAAGUGCAGACUUUGCAAACGACGAGAACGACGAUGGGCUUGAUUUGGAGAGGGGAGAUAAGGUAGAAGACGAUGAAUGGUCUUUAAGUAGUGAAGAAGCGGAGCAGUAUAUUCAAGAGGAAAGAGACAACCACAAUGCUUUGGCAGCAAUUCGUGAAAGAUUUCGUGAGCCAUUAGCCGAGUGCUUAGCAACAAUGAUAGCAGUCCUCAUUGGUAUAGCCACUAAUCUUGCUGUUCAAACCUCAGCAGACACUUCAGGCAAUUAUCAAUCCACAAAUUGGGCUUGGGGUUUAGGUAUCACAAUAGGUAUUUACAUCGCAGGUGGAAUUUCCGGUGCUCAUCUUAAUCCCGCCAUAUCCCUCAUGUUAUGUAUAUCUAGAGGCUUCCCUAUACGAAAAGCAUUUAUUUAUAUCCUCGCGCAAAUCCUCGGUGGUUUUCUCGCCGGACUCAUCGCAUACGGCAUCUACAAAGAUGCAAUUGCCACAUAUAAUGCUACUGGUGGUUCACUCGGCAAUGGCCAAGUAGUCAACUUACUAGCCGGAGGCACAGGUACAUCUUUCUACACACAGCCCCAAGCCUUCGCUAGCCCCUCGGCGAGUUUCUUUAACGAAUUCGUCGCCACUGCCAUCCUCGCCUGCACCGUCCUCGCCCUCGGAGACGACUCCAACGCACCCCCAGGAGCAGGUAUGCACGCGCUCAUUGUCGGCCUCGUCGUUACCGUGCUCACUAUGGCUUUCGGCUACACCACUGGUGCAUGUCUUAACCCGGCCCGAGAUUUCGGCCCACGUCUUGCCACUGCAGCAGUGGGAUACGGCAGAGAAGUCUUUACCGUCUCGAAUGCGUGGUGGAUUUAUGGGGCUUGGGGCGCGACGAUCACGGGUGCGUUAAUUGGAGGUCUGUUUUAUGAUGUGGCUAUUUUUGUAGGAGGCGAAAGUCCGGUUAAUUAUCCGAGAAAAAGGAGGAAGCAAAUUGCGAAGAAUGCAAAGGGAAAGGCGGAAAAGGGAUGGUGGAUUUUCAAAAGAGAUGUAGAAAUGGGUUUGAAAGGGGAUUUUAGGAAAGAGGGAUGA